ACGUCUGUCUGGACUGUAUUCGUUAGCGACAACGCACCGUACACGCUACGGCAACGUUGCGUUUGGGAUUGCGUUCAUUUGCAUCGGCCCUUAUGUUAGAUCGUAAACAAACGAGCAUUAAAACGAGAACGAACGUUGGACACGUCGCGACGCACGUUCUGUAUUGUAUACUCGUGAAUACAGCGGAUUCGCGCGAACGUACAGUCAGUCGUCCGUUGCGUGGCAAUCGUGCUGGCGAAGUAGAAAAAAGAGCUGUAAUAUGGGAUACCUCCAAUGAGUAUUAUAAGGAUAAGAACAAAAAAAAUGCAGCGUGGGAUGAAAUAUGUUCUACUUUAUCGAGAAAUUAUAAAACAGAAUGCCCAACGCAAAAAAAAUUAAUUUUACAAGAUAUAAUAUCGAAAUGGAGAUCCAUCCGGGACAAUUAUAUCCGUAGUUUAAAAAAACAAACCGAGAUUUGUAAAUCUUGUUCGGGUAUAAAAAAAAUGAAACCAUAUAUUUACGGGAACCAAUUAUCAUUUUUAAAGAAAAAUAAAGAAUUGCAACAUACGGAUGAUAAUUCAAAAGAUAAUAUUCAGAAAGUGAUCCAAUAUAAAGAAAUUAGUGAUGCAGAAGAGGAUACUGAAUUAAACAUACAUGGAACAUCCAUUUCUACAACCUCGGUAAUACCAACUAAAAGAAAGCGAUUUGAUAUUGAACGGUCAUUGAUGGACUUCAUGUAUGCUAACAUGACGAGAAAGAGUCCAGUGGAAGAGGACGAAGAUUUGGCAUUUUUUUAUUCAUUACUUUCGUCGGUAAAAACUUUAACUGCGGAUCAAAAAUUUAUCUUUCGCUUGAAAAUAAUGCAAUAUUUGCAAAAUCUCAAAAAUUGAUAUUUCAUAUAGGAUCGUAUAUUUAUCCACCUUAUGUACAUAAAUGUUACUAUGUUAUACUCGUCAAUGUAUAUUCUCUACUUCCUUUGCCAAUUGAUAUUA